UGUUCUCGGGCGCUGCGUGUUCUCGAGCGCGUCGCGAGGAUAUGGAAGAUGGCGAGUGCGGAGACUGCGGCGGAGCACGAGCGAAUACUACGAGAGAUUGAGAGCACAGACACUAACUGUAUCGGUCCCACACUCCGGUCAGUUUAUGAUGGGCAGGAACAUGGACUCUUCAUGGAGAAACUGGAGUGUCGGAUCCGAAACCAUGACCGUGAAAUUGAAAAGAUGUGCAACCAUCACUUCCAGGGCUUUGUGGACUCAAUCACUGAACUGCUCAAAGUCCGUGGGGAAGCCCAGAAACUCAAGGGUCAGGUGACUGAGACCAAUCAGAAGCUCCAAAAUGACGGCAAGGAGCUCCUAACGAUGAUGGAUGAACUGAGGCAGUGCCGUCUGCAGCAAAGGAAUAUUGCCACCACCAUUGACAAUCUCACACUCUGCAUACCAGUGUUGGAGAUGUACAGCAAGUUACAGGAACAUAUGAAGGCUAAAAGAUACUACCCGGCAUUACGAACCUUGGAACAGUUGGAGGAUGACUGUUUGCCUCAAGCAGGAUUGUAUCGUUUCUGUGCCAUCAUGGCAGAGAACAUCCCAUGCCUGCGCACCCACAUCAGAGACGUCUCCAUGUCUGACCUCAAAGACUUCCUGGAGAGUAUCCGCAAGCAUUCGGAUAAGAUCGGAGAGACUGCCAUGAAACAGGCACAAGUUCAGCUCUCCUGCGACAAUGCUGUGACAUCACAGCAGCAAUCAGCGAGUGGACAUAGGAUAUGGAACGACACCAGCUUAAGCACAAUUUUAGACAGAACUGGAAGCAGCCCCCUCUCAGAAAAGGAUUCUUGGAUACUGAACGUGAAGGAUGAAGAGGAAGAUGAGUUUCCUGGUGCACAGGACUUGGUGGACUUCUCACCAGUGUAUCGCUGUUUACACAUCUACACUGUAUUGGGCUCCCGGGACACGUUUGAGAACUACUACAGGAAGCAGCGGCAGAAACAGGCCCGACUAGUGCUGCAGCCUCACUCUAACAUGCAUGAAACGUUAGAGGGCUACAGGCGCUACUUCAAUCAAAUAGUCGGUUUCUUUGUUGUGGAGGAUCACGUCUUGCACACCACACAGGGUCUGGUAAACAGUGCUUAUGUGGAGGAGUUGUGGGAGCUGGCCCUGUCUAAGACCAUUGCAGCCUUGCGCACCCAUUCAUCUUAUUGUACUGACCCAGACCUAAUUCUGGAUCUGAAGAACCUCAUAGUGCUCUUUGCUGACACACUUCAGGGUUAUGGUUUUCCAGUUAACCAGCUGUUUGACAUGCUGCUGGAGAUGAGGGAUCAAUAUGGGGAGAUCCUGUUGAAAAAGUGGAAUCAGUCCUUCAGGCACAUUUUGGAUCAGGACAACUACAGCCCCAUCCCUGUGGCAUCUCCAGAGGAGUACCAGCGAAUCACAGGCCAAUUCCCCUUCCAGGAUCCAGAACUGGACAAGAUGUCCUUUCCGAAGAAGCUGCCAUUUUCUGAGUUUGUGCCUAAAGUAUACUCGCAACUCAAAGAAUUCAUCUAUGCCUGUCUGAAAUACUCAGAGGACUUACACCUUAGCUCCACAGAAAUUGAUGAUAUGAUCCGCAAGUCCACAAAUCUUCUGCUCACUCGAACCCUUAGCCACUGCCUACAGUACGCCAUUAAGAAGAAGAACGUAGGACUGGCUGAGUUGGUUCAAAUCAUCAUAAACACCACUCAUCUGGAGCAGUCCUGUCACUACCUGGAGGAAUUCAUCUCCAACAUAACCAACGUGCCACCUGACACCAUUAAUGCCACCAAACUCUAUGGAACCUCCACCUUCAAGGAUGCAAGGCAUGCCGCUGAAGAGGAGAUUUACACUAACCUGAAUCAAAAGAUUGAUCAGUUUCUGCAGCUGGCUGAUUAUGUUUGGAUGGCAGCGCAGGGAGGCGGGCAGGCCAGCGAUUACCUGAGUGACCUCAUCGCUUUCCUCUGCAGCACCUUUGCAGUUUUCACACACCUGCCUGGCAAUGCUAUACAGCACGCCAUGCUACCGGGGAAAGUGGCUCAGACGGCAUGCAUGUCAGCUUGUAAACACCUUUCCACCUCCCUGCUGCAGCUGCUGUUGGAUGCUGAUGUCAAACAAGUGUCUAUGGGAGCACUGGAGCAGUUCAACAUGGAUGUCAGAGAGUGCGAGAGGUUUGCCAGGGCCGGCCCGGUGCCUGGCUUCCAGGGGGACACUCUGCUGCUCGCCUUCAUCGACUUGAGACAAUUACUGGAUCUCUUCACCCAGUGGGACUGGUCCACAUAUCUGGCUGACUAUGGCCGCCCCACCAGUAAAUACCUGAGGGUCAAUCCACACACUGCACUGGCCCUCAUAGAGAAGAUGAAGGACACCAGCCGUAAGAACAACAUGUUUGCUCAGUUCCGUAAAAACGACCGGGACAAGCAGAAGCUCAUAGACACUGUCGUCAAACAGCUGAGAAAUCUCAUUGCCUCCAACCAGGUCUGAGAAAACAUCAGUGGGACUGCCCACUUCCUGAUGAGUUACCACCACCAGAGGGUGUGGACUGCACUUUCACAUUUCCAUCAGUUGAAUGUGUUAUUUUCUAGACAUUACAAAACACACACAAAGACUCCACACACUUAGAUUAAAUGUAAUGUGAGUGUGCACUUCAAAAGUGCAUAUGCUUAAAACAGUGAAAUCUGCCGUCCUGUGCCUGUGUGAGAUGGUGUCCAUUUCAAACUUGCAUUUGAGUCUUCCUAUAUGACUACAUAAGCACAGUAAGGAUGCAAGAUCACCCUUGUCUGUAAAACAGGAAUUUUGAUGCCUUUUAUUGUCUCGACUUCAGCUUGUUACAAAAUACUUUUUGUUCUGUUACAUUAACUUCCUGUGACAGUUUAAAUUGCCAUUACAAUAGUGCUGAAGCCAGAUUAUUAUUUGUCUUAUUUUUUUCCAACUACCGUUCAAUGUGGUUGAUAUCGUUGCUUUAAUUAAUGCAAAGGUAAAAGUAACAGGAUCUCGAACUGGGCUCAAAGGUUACUUUCAUAAUGUCAAAUUACAAAACAUAUUUAACAAUAUCUGUGAGAUUAUGAUAUUCUCAAAGAUGGAUGUAAAAUGCAUUUAACUGUUGAUCAUAAUGAGAGGACUUCUCUACACAGGGAAUCAAGUAACUGCCCUCACCUCAGUUAAAUUCUUUACAAGUAAUUGUAUUCUAGACAUGUCCCCAUACUUGUUUAGCUGUAGUCCAUUACUGCUAAGAUAUUAAAUGUCUGGGUUGCUUGUAUACUUGAGUCAUAAUUGACUUUCAGUUUUUGGAUGAGGCUUUGGAUGAGUUUAGUUUACUAUUGUCACCAAAUGACCACGAUAAUGCGGUCAUCGCAAGGUUAUGAUGUUUUCUGAUUAGACUUCCAAAAUACAGAAAAGAGGCCUAUGUCUUUCGUUUUCAUUAAUUCCAAAUAUAUUAGCCAGCGUUGAUUGCAAGAACUGACAGAAGUUGUGUAAGAAUAGGGGUAAUUACGGUGCUCAAAAGUCACACAUUACCCUUACAUACCUACCUUAUGAAUUACACAGAUAAAGAGAAUUAUAUACAAGCAUGCUAAAGUCAAUUUUCUUUGGACUGCACAUUUUGUGUGUGUGUGUGUGUGUGUGUUGUCUUUGCGAGUUUGUUUAUGUGCACUGCUGUACAUUUAAAACCAAUAUGAAUUUCUUUUAGUAAACCAUGUCGUCCUGCCGCUGUUUUUUUUUUUUUCUCUGAUAGGAAUGUGGGUGCAAUAUUACAUCUUAUUUUCUUUUCAAAUGCAACAGGGUUUUUGUUAGCAAAGAUUGUCUUGUUUAAAAAGAUUUUUUUUUGUUUUGUUUAAUUUUUGUUUUUACUUGCACAAAUGUGUGUUUGAAGCCUGUUCCUUACAAUGAAUGCAAAAUCAUUCAAAUAUAAAUUGAAUUUUCUUCAUGUUUGGGGACGAAACAUUUUAUGGCCGAUUAUUUUAUGAGUUGCGUGAGCAUGUGUACCUGUGUGCACAUGCUCGCCAAAUGGUGUUUUCUAGAUUCAGCUCUUACUGUCUGCCUUGACUUUUUUUUUUUUUCCCAUGCCAAUAAUUGAUUGAGUUUUCCACACAGCACCUGGACUUGGAUAUAUGACCAAGGAUUGGACCUGUGUUGGUGUGAGAGAGGGUGCAAUUUUCUGUAAAGAGUUUUCACUCUUUACAGAGAGAUGCACCAUACAGAUUGUUAAAUUAUGCUAAUUGUUUUACAAUACUAAUAAUUUCAAGAAAUGCAUAAUAAAUCAAGAGAAUGUAUC